AUGCCGUCGUCCUCCUCCUCCUCCUCCUCGUCUUCUGCCGCGCCCCCCGGCCGCGCCAUGCCCGCCGACGCCACGGCCGGCGGCUGCCUCCCCGCGGACCAGUCCUGCUUCGCGCUCACGGCGGCAGGGCCGCCCUACCCGUCGCGCCGCGCCGCGCGCGCCGCCUGCUGCACCACCACCUCCUACAUCGUCGUCCUCAGCAUCAGCUUCGGCUCCCUCCUCGCCAUCCUGCUCGUCCUCUGCGUCAUCCGGUGGUACCUCGUCCACCGCUCCGCGCGCCGGCACGAGGCCGCGGCCGCCGCGGACGACGCGGCGGCGCCCAAGAAACGCCCCGCGGGCCUCGACGCGGACGCCAUCGCCGCGCUGCCGGAGUUCCUGUACAGGAACGAGGACGGUGAGGAGGAGGCGGAGUGCGCGGUGUGCCUGGCCGUCAUGGUGGAAGGGGAGGACGCGCGGCGGCUGCCCAGGUGCAUGCACGUCUUCCACCGGGGCUGCGUCGACGUAUGGCUCAGGGAGCAUUCCACGUGCCCGGUAUGCCGAGCUGAGGUGGUCGUCCGGCCGGCCGCGGAGGAGCAAGCCGGGAAGGAGCAUGUGGGCAGCACGUCGCGGGCUGUUGCGUCACCGCCGGCGCCACCACCGCAGGAGCGGGUGCUGGACGGCGGGGAGAGGGACCUGGAGGCGCAGUAG